AUGCCGUCCGCGAACAAGGACAAAAUAUUCGGCGCAUGGAGCCGUAGUGACAGCACGGGAAACGUGUACUUAUCGAACAACAACAGUGCGGACAGUUUGGCGAAAAUGUUCUCCCGCACGGCUCCCUCGAGCCCACGAUGGACACCGUACGGUUCGAGGCACAACUCGCCCCCGAUGCCGAGCUCUCCGCUGUCGUCCUCCCCGCCGACGACACUGCGGCGGAACUAUUCGAGCACCUUCACGCUUAUCCCCGAGGACCGGGCCAUCGAUCCGGUUUCGCCAACUGUUCCCAUCCGGCCCGCCUCGGGAGCGGCGCCGGCACCACAGCAUCGCACGUCCAACGGGCGUAUUCUGGUGCGGCUGGUGCUGUGGUGGCCGCUGCUGCUGAUUACCAUCGCCCAGCGUGUCCUCGGUUUCUGCAUGCACCUGGCCUGGAAGCCGUUCCUGAUGGCGGCCCCAGCCUUCUGGCUGUCGGCCUGCCUGUGGAUGUUCUGGAAGCUGAUCACGCUGCCGCUGGCCGGGCUGAAGUGGGCCCUCGUCUCGCUGCACACACCGGCGCACGAGCGAAACCGCAAGAAACGCACCAUCCUGCUCAGCUGUGGCAGCACGAUCCAGACGCUUCAUCUGGCCCGCAACUUUUACAAAUCCGGUGCCCGGGUUGUGGUGUUCGAGUUCGAAGGCCUGUUCGCGCUGGCCCGCUUCUCGACCGCCGUGAGCAAGUUCUACACCAUCCAGCGCCCGACUCCGGAAACGGUCAACGAGUACAUCGCGGCUCUGUGCGAGAUCGUCGAGAAGGAGCAACCGACCCACUUCAUCCCGGUGUGCGCCACCAGCCCGGCGCACUACGAUUCGCUGGCUAAACCACACCUGGAGCUGCGCGGCUGCUCCAGCUUCAUACCGGGCGCCCAGGAGACGUACGUCCUAGACGACAUCCUGCAGGUGAUGCGCAAGUGUGACGCGAAUGAUAUCGUGCUGCCACCGCACCAGGUCGUGAGCUCGAAAGAGGAACUGCACCGGCUGUACGACAGUGGCUGGCUGUCCGGGUUCCGGAACGUGAUGAUUGCGUCCGGCAUGCUGGGUCUGCUGGAGCGCAGCAAGUACGUACUGCCGGUCAACCGGCGCGACCUCAAGCUCGGCUACGAGGUGAGCGAGGGCCAGAAGUGGGUCGUCAUCCGGGAUGUGCUCGGUUCGCACUACGUCACGUGCACCACCGUGAAGGACUCGACGGUGAUCGCGAACGUCACGUGCGCCAUCCAGAGCGACACCCGCAGCCUCGUGCCGGAGGAAAAUGCCGCGAUCGAGCAGUGGCUGAACGAGUUCUUCCGCCGGAUCCGACUGCAGCGCCCCAUCAACGGUCACAUCAGCUUCCGGUUGGUGAAGUGCCAGUGCAGCGGUCAGAUUCUACCGCUCGGUAUCCGGGUCGGCGUGUCGCUGCCCUACAUCUGCUACACCGGCGUCCACUCGCGCGUGCUCUGCAAACCCUGUCCGCACUUUAGUCGCCAGAACUCGGGACCACUGGUGCAGGAGGGUGGCCGCUACUGGAUCCACGAGACGGUCAUGAACGUUCUGCGGCAGCCGAGUGUAGACACGGUCCAGCAACUCAUCGGCACCGUGAUUGACCAGCGGGAGGCUCUGUUCGUUUACUGGGACCCCCUACCAUAUUGCGCCUAUUACCACUUUCAGCUACCCUUCAAUUCCGUCAAACGGUUCCUGCACAAACGGCAAGCCUCGCGGACGUCCGUGCCAGCAAUGGCCGCACCGGUGCAAUGA